GCGAUUGCGACACACGUGCGCAAAAAAAAUGGCGGAAGGAUCGACCGAAAAGAUGACCGGCGAAGCAACUGAAGAUGAGCCUUUUAAGGCCGUUCCAGUGAAAAGAAAACGGAAGAGACAACAAGAAGAAGACAUGGAUACUAGCGAAGAACCGAAGAGACCAAGCUUUCCGCCAGCCAAAGCCGAAAAAUUAAUGGGUGGAAAGACGGAGACUAGAAAAAUACCUGUUCCGCCACACAGAUAUACACCUCUGAAAGAAAGCUGGAUGAAAAUUUUCACUCCAAUUGUCGAGCAGUUAAAGCUACAGAUUCGUUUUAAUUUGAGCGCAAGAAAAGUAGAAAUUAGGACCUCAAAAGACACUCAGGAUAUCGGUGCCAUUCAGAAAGCUGCAGAUUUUGUUCAAGCUUUUCUACUUGGAUUUGAAGUUGAGGAUGCUUUGGCCUUGGUCAGGUUAGAUGACCUGUUUUUGGAGACAUUUGAGAUAGCUGAUGUUAAGCCCCUGAAGGGAGAUCACCUUUCAAGAGCCAUUGGGCGCAUUGCCGGAAAAGGAGGCAGGACAAAGUUCACCAUAGAAAAUGUAUCCAAGACCAGAAUCAUCCUGGCUGACUCAAAAAUCCACAUAUUAGGAUCGUUUCAGAAUAUCAAAAUUGCCAGAACGGCAAUAUGCAGUUUGAUUUUAGGGAGUCCACCGUCAAAAGUUUACGGCAACAUGAGAUCGGUAGCAAGUAGAACGGCGGAGAGAUUCUGAAUAGAGAAUUGAGGAGGACAAGUGUGCAAAGCCUGAGGCAGGCUUACGAUAGCGCUGCUUUCAUAACAAAUGAAAAAUACGCGCAACAAUUACUGCACGGAGAUGCACGAAGUGUCUAUCUUACUAACUAAGGUGGAAGGGUUCCUAAAAGGAAUCGGUCCAAUUUGAUGGAGACAGAUUGAAAUUUCCCAGACGCAGAAUGGCAUCAUUAGUCUGUACUAACAAACUUACCACAACAAGAAGCUGAAAAGAUGAUAUUUUAUUGACAAACGAGCGUUGAAUGAAGUUUUCAUGACUGGAUUUCAUAAUAUAAAAAAUGUCACGCUUAAGUAAUCGCGAACUAGCAAUAGUUAUAUAUAGAACUGAGGUGAAUCUUAUUUACAUAUAAGUCUGAAAAGGAUGAGAUGAAAGUUCUGGCGGCGAUUAUUCAAAUAAGGUUUAUUUUAGUAAAGGUGAUAAGUUUCUACAGAAACUGUA